AUUUUAAUUGACAAACAGGACAUAUUAGCAAUGGUUUAAUGUUCGCAGUGGAACUGGUUUAUAUGAUACCUAAGGAAGCCCUGAAAUCUUUUUGCAAUGCAGCCAACUUCAUUGAUAAAAAGAUCCGUUAUUCAGUUUUACAUUGUGCUUCAGCGAAAAACUUAAAAGUUAUAUUUCAAAAUGUGUGAUUACGAGCACGAAUACAGCUUCUCCUUUGAAGACAGCGUCUAUGAGACUGAAAAAAGCAGCCGCCAGUGGGACUGUGGCUUUGAAAGCAUGUGGCAGCAGAUUGGGGAGGAGCUGCGACGCGAACAGGAAAACAACGAAUUUGAUCAAUUUUUUCAGGAGAAGUUAAUACUGCAAUGCCUAUCACACAAGGGAUCUGCAUAGUUUUAAUUAUAUUUAGUUGUAAUGUCAUUGUUAACAGUUAUUAGCAUUUUUGAUAGAUGCAUCAUUAAUUAAGAUUUCGUUUGUAAAUGACAGUCGUUGCUCAUAAGUUACUUAGUACUUGAGAAUUCAUCGAAUUAGAAUUAACUUUUCAUAAGUUGCGAGUAUUUCAUAAAUGUUCCUGUUAAUAUUGUAUUGUAUACUCUAUCGUAUUAGAUCAACUAGUUUUUGAUGUACGCCCAAAAGUUUUUGGGUAAGAUGUAUGUUGAAAAUCAAGUUAAGCAUUUAGUUUUUACAUUGUAAGAUAUCGAAAAAAAUUGUCUCGCAGAGGCGUUCAAUCUUGGUGAUAUAACUCUUUGUAUAAUGUUUAUAUUUAUUUUAUUAUUUAUGUAAUUUCGCUUAAGAAAAUUCUAAUGUUACUUUUUCAAGCUUACAUGAUCAAACUAUUCGAAUUAAUGAGAAAAUAUCCAAAAUAUAAAUACAGUAAAUUUUGAGCCAGAGUUAACAA